AUGGGCAAGCACGAAGGUGACGCGUCUCAUGUUUCUGCCCCGGGUGCCACUGGUGGUGGUGAAAUCGACCCGGCAAUUCAAGAGUGCCUCGAACAGGUCCGCGCUCGCGUAGCUCAGGUGGUUGUAGGACAAGAUGUCGUCGUCGAGCGACUCUUGAUCGCACUGCUCACCAGCGGGCAUGUCUUGCUCCAAGGGGUACCAGGGUUGGCUAAAACCCUGUUGGUAUCGGCGCUGGCGCGUACGAUCGACUUGGAAUUCAAACGCAUUCAAUUCACCGUCGACCUGUUGCCGUCUGACAUCGUCGGCUCGGAGAUUCUGGAUCAACGUACGAACGAGUUCCGCACGUAUCAGGGUCCAAUCUUCACGAAUCUAUUGCUGGCCGAUGAAAUCAACCGUGCGGCCCCCAAGGUUCAAAGCGCCCUGCUGGAAGCGAUGCAGGAACGCAAAGUCACCAUUGGCAACGCAACCUAUAGCUUGCCGGCCCCGUUCUUGGUGAUUGCGACUCAAAACCCGGUGGAGCAGAGCGGUACUUUCGAACUUCCCGAGGCGCAACUUGAUCGUUUCAUGCUGUGCCAUCGGCUCGAUUACCCGGCACUGGAUGAAGAGAAAGAAGUGCUGCGUCGCAAUGCCUUGCUCGGUAUUCGUCGCGAAGGGCGAGGAGCGGUGGCUCGGAACGAGUUUGACAUCGUUGAACAGGCCCCGGUGGCCGACAUGGAGAAGCUCAUCGCGGCGAUGGAAGCCGUACAUGAGAUCCACGUCAGCGAGGCCUUCAUCGACCACGUCGUAGCACUGAUCGACCGGACGAGAAACCACCCCCAGAUCGAAUUGGGCUGCAGUCCCCGAGCAGGCAUCGCUCUCAUUAAGGCCGCGCGAGCCAGAGCGUUAAUUCAUGGACGUGGAUACGUGAUUCCUGAAGAUCUGUUCGCGUUGGCCGAAGACACCAUGUUGCAUCGUAUGCGUUUGACCUACGAAGCACUGGCCGAAGGGAUCACCGGACAACAGAUGCUGCGGUGGCUGUUGAACGACUUCGGAGGCGUACGGCGCGGUGGGAACGGAGUCUUGCACGGCGAUCUGGCCCAGAAUGUGCUCAACUCCCGGCAGUUCUACAUUGCCGUGAAGCGGCUAGCCGACAGCCUGGGCUAUGGCACCGAUCGUUCCGCGAUGCUCGGCUCUGGCAUCGAAUUCGUGCAGUCGCGACUUUACCAGCCUGGCGAUCCGAUUCGGGCGAUUGAUUGGCGGGUGACCGCGCGAACCAAAAAGGUGCACGUCAAAGAGUACGAGGCUCCACGGCGAAUGCCGGUCUACAUCCUGGUCGAUACUUCGGCCUCGAUGAUGGUUCGCUCGACCCAGCAGAGCAAAUACGAACUCGCCGUGUUCAUGGCCGGCGGCAUCGCACUGGCCUGCUUGGACCGAAUUAGCCCCGUCGGUUUGUUAGCCAUCGGCAGUCGCGGUCUGCAUGUUCGGCCCAGCCUUUCGCGUGAUGAAACCCUGCGGUGGUUGUUCCAAUUGCGGCGGUACGAUUAUCACGAGGACACCCGGCUUUCUUCGCGGAUCACCGAACUCGAUCCAGAACUCUCGCAGCGGACGUUGAUCAUCGUGCUCAGCGAUCUGCACGACCGGGAAGCCGUGCCCCGACUCAAGCAGUUGGCCCACCGGCACGAUUGUGUGGUGCUGCAAUUGCACGAUCCGGCCGAAGCCGACUUGGCCGGGGCUGGAUUCAUUCAUGCCCGCGAGGCCGAAACCGGCCGCGAAACCCUCCUCCGCGGGCGGCAACGGUGGCACGACAAAGAAGACGUGGCCUCUGAUCUAAAACGGGCGGCGAUCGACCACCUGAUGAUCAACACGACCGCAGAAGAGCCCGCCCAGCCUGUUGAAUCUUCACCGGUUGGGGUUGCCGUACGAUUGGAACAGAUCGUGCUACCCGGGAGUGAGUUGGAAGCCGUUCCCCAGGAGGAUCGGACCCCGCUAGUGCUGCGAGUCGUGGAUGUCUACCCGCAUGGUAGCGAUGUGCGUUACGACCUGGAGUUUUAUGGACUCGAACCAGGCACCUACGACCUUCGCGAUUUCCUGCGGCGUAAAGAUGGUUCGCAAACGGAAGGGCUCCCGUCGCUACAAGUCGAGAUCGUUUCCCAGUUACCCGAGGGGCAAAUCUUGCCUCAUGGACUGGAACACGCCGAUGCGCCCCGCGUCGGCGGCUACCGGUUGUGGCUGAUUAUCGGAGGCAUUCUCUGGGCGUUCGGACUAGCGGCCAUCCUACUCGUCGGUCGUCGUCGGCAGAUUACUGAAGUCGCGGAACACGAGGAACCGGUUUCGGUGGUCGAUCGACUGCGUCCACUGUUGAAUCAGGCGGUGCAAGGCCAGCUCACUUCUCAGCAACAGGCCGAAUUGGAGCGUUUGCUGCUGGACUACUGGCGACACCGGCUGCAGCUCGACGAUUCUGAUCCCGUUGAGGCGGUGUCCACGAUUCGACAACACCCCGAGGCGGGCGAGCUAUUGCGAACCGUCGAACGCUGGCUGCACAGCCCGCAGGGUGCAGGUGAAAUUGACAUCGCCACGGUCCUAGCGCCAUAUCGCGAAUUGUCCGAGAGCCAACGUUCGGCCAUGUACGUACCUGUCGAUCACGCAGAAACCUCGGGUAACCGCUGGCUGGCGCUGUUGCUUAGAGUUGCGGAGUCGUUACCGGCACUGCUGUUGGCGGUGGUGAUUGUGAUUUUGGCCGUGCCUCAACAGCAUGGGGCCCCUACGAGCCGCCGCGUGAUGACGAAUAUCGAAUUCUGCCUCGAUGUUUCGGGCAGUAUGACGGCCGAGUUUGGCGAUGGCACGCGGUACGAUGCGGCCAUGCAGGCGAUCAACGAAUUUCUAGAUUAUCGCCAGGGCGAUGCCUUCGGACUGACGUUCUUCGGCAAUAGCGUGCUGCAUUGGGUUCCGCUGACCAGCGACCCCUCUGCCAUUCGUUGCAGUCCUCCGUUCAUGCGGCCCGAGAUGAUUCCCGGCUGGUUCGGCGGCACCGAAAUCGGCAAAGCCUUGAUGGCCUGCCAGAAAGUGCUGCGUGAGCGCGAAGAAGGCGAUCGCAUGAUCUUACUGGUCUCCGACGGCUACAGUUUCGAUCUAAGCUCAGACAACGAUAUCGCGCUGGCAGAGAAAUUAGCUGCCGAUGGAAUCGUGGUCUACGCCGUUCAUAUUGGUGGCGGGAAUCCUCCGGAUGAAAUUGCCAACAUCACCGGUUUGACCGGCGGAGACGUGUUCGAAGCGGGUGACAUGGCGGGCAUCAGCGCGGUGUUCCGACAUAUCGAUCAACUGCAGGAUACACGCAUCGAGCGAACCGUACACGCCGUGGUAGCCGAAGCCGUAGCAGCGAUCGUCGUCAUCGUGGCCCUGGGUGCCGAGGCACUCCAUCGCCGGCGAGUCGAACGAUUUGCGCGGCUGGCCUUUGGCCCCUCUGGAAAGCCGAACACCUGGGCUCGAAUGGCCCCGAUCCUUCGGGCGCUCAGCCUGGGAGCCGUGGCCUGGGGAUUGGUGACGUUGAUGCUGCUUCUCCCUAAGACUCAUCGUGGGGAGACCCUGGACAAGAACGAACUGCGACAUCUGUUGUUGGUAUUAGAUGUUUCGCCAAGUAUGCGGCUAGAAGACGCCGGCCCGAGUGGCACCCAGUCGCGGCUCAAUCGUGUGUCGGACCUCAUGGGCUCGUUCUUCGAGCGGGCACGCGAGCCGAUGAAGAUCAGCAUCGUGGCCGUGUACAACGGUGCAAAGCCAGUCGUACAAGAGACGCUUGAUAUGGAGGUGGUGCGGAACGUGCUCGACGAUUUGCCGAUGCACUACGCCUUCCAAGUCGGUGAAACCAAGCUCUUCGACGGACUGGAAGAAGCAGCCAACAUGUCGCAAGCAUGGAAACCUCGUGAUGCGACGUUGAUUCUACUCAGCGACGGCGACACGGUGCCCGCAACCGGCAUGCCGAAAUUGCCAGCUUCAAUCUCGCACGUGGUGGUUGUGGGAGUGGGCGAUUCACGCAAGGGAGGCUUUGUCGACGGCCGACACUCACGCCAAGACGUGUCCACCUUACGUCAAGUUGCGGCCCGAUUGGGUGGUCGGUACCACAAUGGAAACGAACACCAGAUUCCCACUGAUAUGCUUCGUACCGUUACGCAGCGCACCGAGGCCAGCGCGAUUGAUCGAUUGAGCCGCCGAGAAUAUGCACUUCUGAGUUGUGCCGUGGGCGCCGCAGUACUGGCAUUGCUGCCGUGGCUGCUCAGUCGCUUCGGCACCGCUUGGAGGCCGGGCCCCGAGGCCGACAUGCGUGGUUCAUUACUUUGCCUGUGGCUGCUCUUUCCCGCGGCCGUCUUGGCCUACCACUAUGGACCGGGGCAGGAACAACUGGUCACCGACGAUGCCGGUUUUCAUCUCCGCCAGGCACAAGCACGGGUAGAUGAAGAAAACUGGUCGCGUGCGAUCGAGCAAUACACCCUCGCAAUCGAACUGCUGCCAGAAACCGAAACCGACGCCAUCCGCCAAGCCCGUCUCGAGCGAAGUAAGGCGCAAAUGCUUUGCGGUCAGUUGCCGGCUGCAUACGAUGACCUCACGUUGCUGGUCGAAGAGUUGGAAAACGACUCUCAGACCCCAGCCGAAUUUGAAGAUCAAGCUCGCCUGGCACUGGCGAAUGCCCAGUAUUACCUCACCUGGCUCAUGCGAUUGGAAGGCCAACCGCGGGAUGCGUGGGAACCACAGAUUGAAGCCGCUCGACAGAACUAUCGCCGCUUGGCUGAACAGCCCGACGACAGCGUGGCGGAAUCAACUCAGGCCCGCGAAGAAGAUUUAGAAGCCGCCAUUCGUUUGGCCCGACUCGACUUGUCAGAACUUCAGGCACUUGCCAUGCCCAGUCAAUGCAAGGGCUGCAAGAGUGGCGAUUGCAAAUGCAAAGGGAAGUGUAAGUCGAAGAAGAAGGGCAAAGGCAAGAACGAGGGCGAAGAUGCACGUGGAGCCAGUUCCGGGCCACCGCCCGAUGGAAGAGGUUCUAACGCAACUCUUGGGAACAGAUCGAUGGCAACUCUCUUUCGCGGCGCGGUUUUCCUAUUCCUCGCGCUGAGCACUUCGCUGACCUACGCCCAGGUGUCAGCUGGUGGGGCCCAUAUCACUCUCUCACCAGCCGUAAGAGCACAGUUGGCCGCACAGAGCGGCGUUGCAAAUGCUGACUCAUCCACCGACCCCGCGGCAACUCAAAGUGAAACGGCUGCCGCGGGUAAGGACGACGCCGAUCCUGAGUUAACCGCGAAGCGAACCGAGAAGAUUAACGCCCUGCAGUUCGAUCGACGCCCCUCGGUUAUUCUCAAGACGUGGAACGAGCCCCCGCCGGAAGCCCCGAAGCAGUAUUCUGAUACGACGGAAGAAGCCGAAAAGAACCCAGCGAAGCAGGACGAAGAAAAACAAGCCGCAGAAAAGGCCGGAGCAGGCGAGGCGGAAGAUAAACCCGCCGAUGAUGCUGAAGAAUCUGCGGAAGGCGAGGCCACAGAAGAAGAGACAACAGACUCUUCGGAGGAAGAUGCCAACCCGGAAGAAGAAACCGAGGAAGCCGAAGGCGAGGAAGAGACGGCCGAUGCCAAAGAUGAGUCGGAUGCGGGGAAGGCCGCCAAGGAUGCUCAAGAGAAAGAGGCCGAGAAGCAGAAAAAGCUGAAGGAGAAUCUCGAGCAAUUCGACUACGAGCUGAAGCUUCUUACCCGCAACGUGACGUUGGGCAACUGGUCGGAAGUAGAAGCUUACCUUGCGUCGUUGAAAGACUCGGAAUCGAAGCUCAUCUACGAUCGCUUACUCGACAAUCUUCGCACCGACCCCAACCCCGAGGCUCAGGCCAACCCGGGCAUGUUGCAGCAGUUGAUCCUCAACGGGGCGGACGCGGCCGCCAUACAGCAAGCCCUUUCGGCUUCCGGCGCGGGUGCCGGCGCCGCCUACGCCGAGAAGCACUUGAUGGCGAUGGACGACAUUGUGGGGCUCCUCUUGGCCAGCCCUUAUGAGUUGGACGAUGCAGCGUUCCAGAAGUUGGGCACCAUCGUCCGUCUGGCUAUUCACACGGGGCACGAUCCCCAGUUGCUGCUCGAACGGUUAACCACUCUCGCAAGCGAGGGUGAAGACCCGCAAAUUACGCAACGGGAAAUCGCCCGUUUGUUGUAUGCCGGCGGGCAACGACAACGCAUCGGUGACUUUCUGCCAACAUUAGACGAAGCCCGUGAGAGCCACGACGCUCAAGCUCUGAACCUGUUGGCCGAUCACUUCUUGGCCCUCCACGGUAAAGACAAGAAACCCGCAUUGCUGGAGCAGGCAUGGCAAGCCACCCAGGGUGUGCUGGAGAUCGACGAGGCGGAUAUCGAGACCGCCGAGGUGGAGCCUGACGAUUCAGCCGCAGAGGAAUCAACCGAGACGGAGAAUUCGCCGUCGAACGAACAGGUCGAUUCGGCGGAGGAGGCAGAAGGAGAAGAGGGCGACGCCAAGAAGUCACCCCAGGAGCAGCUUGAAGCGGAACAGAAGAAGGCCCUGCAACGUGCAGUGCGACUAGCCCCGCGAUUGCCAGAGGAACUGGGGGCCGCAUGGCUUGAAAACACCUUCACUCAAAAGGUUGAGCGAGGGCAAGAUAUCCUGGCUGCCAUUGGCGAUGUGGUGACCAAGAACCUGCAGUCGCACCCUUACGACGCAGACUUCCGUUUGAAGAGCUUGGAACUUCAGCACUCGGCCGCCGAUGCACUUCUGCGUGGAUCGGCUGAACAUGCCGCCCAAUGGUCGGACGUUAUGACGUUGCUAGCCGUGGCUUGGUUGAAAGAGGCUGAAGCCAGCUACCGACUCACGCGGGAUUCAUACCAGCGUCCUGGCUGGCAGCGCGACCGGUAUGGCAAUUAUUUCUACGUCGACGAUCCAAAUGAAGCCAUGAUGUAUGUCGAUGGCUCACGAUUGCAGGCGGUAAAGCUCGACAAGCUGUUGGAUGUUGCCCCCAGUGAGGAAUGGUUGGCCCUGGUUGAAAAGGGCUUACUCCCGCAGUUCUCAAUCAUGCUGGCCCGCUUGCACCUGAAGGCCGGCAGCGAGGACGACGCAUUCCCCAUCAUCGAACAGUUGGCCGCCACCCAUGGUGAACAGGCGCAUGAGCUGGCCGAAGAAUUCAUCAGGGUGUGGACUUCGAACCACAACCCGAAUCAGGCGAACGAUCGAAGUCCAUACUUGUACUACUACGGAUAUGAACAGCGAGCGAGCCGUAUCCCACUAACCCGAUCGAAGCAGCAGCGCAAUCUCGAAGAGCUGUCUGAGUUGGUCGCCAAGCUUCGAACGCUUCCCAUCGAGAGCAUCGACGAGCGCCUGCUUACCCGGGCAUUCACCACCGCACACAGCAAUGCAGAGGUCUACCAAAUCGAGGAGAUCGAAAACGUAUUCGGUGCGAUGGACCAAUUAGAACCUCGUACGAUCGCCGAACUGAUCCAACAGAUGCGGGGCAACCUGGCCACCGUGUGGCAAAUGCCCGACGUACAAAAAGAAAACAGCACUAACCGGAAGCAGCGCGACAUUCAGCUCGAAGUGCUCCGGGGCUAUCGCACCGCGAAGGCCGUGUUGACCAAGGCCCUGGAAGAGUAUCCCGACAACUGGGCAUUAAUGUUGGCAGAAGCUGCCGUGCUGCAUGACGAGAACGAGUACCACCAGCAAUUGGAAGACAGCAGUGAUUUCGUUCCCCGACGCAAUGAGGCACUGGCACGGUUCCGUGAAGCAGCCGAAGCCUAUGUGAAGGCCGCCGCGGAACUGCCCGAGGACAAACAUUCACAGCUUCCUUUCGAGCAGUGGUUCUACGCCAGCCUGGGAGCCGUCGACCUGGAACGGAUCAAAGCCGAGCACGUGACGGACCUGAAACAGCCGCCGCUCAUUCGCGAAGUGAUGCUGCAACUGCCGGGCGAAACCGCCGAGCAACACUUGUCUCAGUUCGCAAACAAUCUGUUUUCCAACGUAAGUAAUGCAAAACCUGAACUGAAGUUUCGUUAUCUCCGCAACGGAUUCGAAAUAGCCGGCGACCACCCCCUGGCCCGAGAAGCUAGAAAGCUGCUGGAGUAUUACGAAGAUCUGGUGACAGAAAUCAAGCUUCAGACGGUCGUCGAUGGCUCGACCGAUGUCGGCCACGAUCAGCCGUUUGGUGUGUUCGUCAAUUUGGUUCACACGAAAGAAAUCGAACGCGAGGCGGGCGGCUUCGGCAAGUACCUGCAGAACCAGAAUCAAGGCGGCUAUUACUACUACAACUUCGGUCGCCCGCUGGAAGACUAUCGCGAUAAGUUUCAGGCCACCGUCAAUCAAGCACUGGGCGAACACUUCGACGUGCUCUCUGUCACCUUUCAAGAUCCCAAGGUCAAUUCCAAGGCCAUGCCUCAGCCCGGGUGGAGAACCACUCCGUAUGCCUACCUUCUUCUGAAGGCCAAAGGUCCCGAGGUUGACACCAUUGCCCCCGUGCGGAUCGACUUCGAUUUCCUCGAUACCUCAGGCUACGCCGUGCUGCCGGUCGAGUCGCCAGCGAUCCCCAUCGAUGCCAGCGGCGAGACAGCUCCCACACGGCCGGUGGAGAAACUGGAGAUCGUACAAACGCUCGACGAACGCCAAGCAGACGAGGGCAAGCUGCUGUUGGAAAUCCGCGUCAAAGCCAGAGGGCUGGUGCCCGCGUUGGAGGAACUCGUCGAUCUCUCACCCGAGGGGUUUGAGGUCGUCAACAUCGAAGACGGUGGUGUUUCCAUCAACCAGUUUGACGAUGAGGCUGACGACAACGCGGUUAGUUCGGAACGGCUGUGGACCGUUACGCUGAACGCAAAUACGACGGCCGACCAGAUGCCAACGAAAUUCCAGUUCGCCACGCCCCUCGCCGACACCGAGGAACUGAUUUAUCAGCGGUACGAUGACGCCGACCUGGUGACCGUCGAGCCUGAAAUCGACCUGCUCGGCAGUUACGCUGAAGCCGACUACCGUUGGGUAUUCGCCGUUGUCUUGGGUUUGGGGCUUCUGGUUGCCCUCGGCCUGGCCGUGCGUUCCAUGCGGCGGCCUGUAGCGGUGCCGAAGUCUCAGAGCUAUCAGCUUCCCGAUCCGCUAACUCCGUUCACCGUGCUCACGAUGCUGGAAGACAUCGAACACAACAACGGGCUUUCAACGGUCGAGAAGCAGGAACUGCAGACCUGCAUCCGAGAACUGGAGCACACCUAUUUCGCCAAAGAACACGAAGCCAACACCAACCUAGAAUCCAUCGCCGACUACUGGGCUGCCCGGGCGAACUAG